AGCGAACGAGUGAGCGAACGAACGAGAGAGAAAGAGAGAGCGAGAGAGAGAGAGAGAGAGAGAGAGAGAGAUCUUGGACAGAAGUAGCCAGCUAGUUACGCUAAGUGAAUUUUGACACGACAGAACGCGGCGUUUUAGACUGUCACUUUCUUCUCUUUGGAUCCCUCUCGUCCGGCUCCAAAAACACCACGUCGUCUCCAGCUUGAAAACUCAAAAAAGGCGUUCGCAUCAGCUGGCAUGAGCUAACCGACCAGACAUGGAGACAAAACCUUUCUUGUCACUGGGAUUCCUGAAGCCCCAGUGCUCUCUAGCGUCCCCGCCCCCCCAGCGAGGAAGACCUGGGGAUGCCUGCUCCUGUUUCACCGGCAUGUGCCCCCUUCACCAGCGUCGGCUGUCCACAGAUGGACAUGUGCCGUCCUCGCCCCUGGGGUCCCCCACGUCCAACCGGGGGAUGCACCCGUCGCUGCUGAGCCCCACCUCCAUGGGCGGCCCGGGAUCCCUGCACUCGCCCAUCAGCACCCUCAGCUCCCCCAUCAACGGCCUGGGCUCCCCCUUCUCCGUCAUCAGCUCCCCCAUGGGACCCCACUCCAUGUCCAUACCCUCCCCCGGGAUGGGCUACGGACCCAGCAUCAGCCCACAGCUCAACUCCCCCAUGAACUCGGUGAGCAGUUCGGAGGACAUCAAGCCCCCUCUGGGACUGAACGGGGUGAUGAAGGCGCCAGCUCAACCCUCCGGCACCCCGCUGUCCCUCACCAAGCACAUCUGUGCCAUCUGUGGAGACCGGUCUUCAGGUAAACACUACGGGGUGUACAGCUGCGAGGGCUGCAAGGGCUUCUUUAAGAGGACAGUGAGGAAGGACCUGACCUACACCUGCCGCGACAACAAGGACUGCAUCAUCGACAAGCGCCAGCGCAACCGCUGCCAGUACUGCCGGUACCAGAAGUGUCUCGCCAUGGGCAUGAAGAGAGAAGUUUUGUUAAACGCAGCCGUCCAGGAGGAGCGCCAGCGGGCCAAGGACCGAAAUGAGAACGAGGUGGAGUCCACCAGCAGCGCCAACGAGGACAUGCCCGUGGAGAAGAUCCUGGAGGCGGAGCUGGCCGUGGAACCCAAGACGGAGACCUACAUCGAGACCAACCUGGGCGUACCAUCCAGCUCGCCGAACGACCCGGUCACCAACAUCUGCCAGGCGGCCGACAAGCAGCUGUUCACCCUGGUGGAGUGGGCCAAGAGGAUCCCGCACUUCUCCGAGCUCCCGCUGGACGACCAGGUCAUCCUGCUGCGGGCAGGGUGGAAUGAGCUGCUGAUCGCUUCAUUCUCGCACCGCUCGAUAGCGGUGAAAGACGGCAUCCUCCUCGCCACAGGGCUCCACGUCCACCGCAACAGCGCCCACAGCGCAGGGGUGGGGGCCAUCUUCGACAGGGUGCUGACGGAGCUGGUGUCUAAGAUGCGAGACAUGCAGAUGGACAAAACAGAGCUGGGGUGCCUGAGAGCCAUCGUCCUCUUCAACCCAGAUUCCAAAGGCCUGUCGAACCCGGGGGAGGUGGAGGCGCUGAGGGAGAAGGUGUACGCCUCUCUGGAGGCCUACUGCAAACAGAAGUACCCCGACCAGCCCGGGAGGUUCGCCAAACUGUUACUGCGGCUCCCGGCCCUGCGGUCCAUCGGGCUGAAAUGCCUGGAGCACCUCUUCUUCUUCAAGCUAAUAGGGGACACGCCCAUCGACACCUUCCUCAUGGAGAUGCUGGAGGCGCCGCACCAAAUGACGUAAUCGGGCCCGGAGCACCGCCCCCCUCCCCCUCCCCCUCCCCCGGGAGGGCGGGAGCUGCCCCCUCCUCCUCCCCGACAGACUGAUGACAUCAUCUGAUUGACAGAGACACGGAAAAGCGCGCAGUAAACUCCCCCCUUGGUUUCCACGCGUGUUUUUAAAGAGAAAAGGAAACGAAAAAAAAAGAGUCAAGCUCAUUACGUCUAUGGGUCUGUUUUAUACUUUGUAUAAAUAUAUAAAUGUGUAGCUCAUGAAAAAAAAACGAAAAAGAAUGAACUGAAACGCGACAGACAGAGAGACAGACAGACAGACGGACGGUAAAAUAUAUCAAGCCAUUGUUUUGUUUUUGUUUUUUGUUUUAAAAAAAAAAAGAGAAGAUUUUAUGGGAGAGAUGGGAUGAAAGGCGUGGGUAUGUUUGCGGGUUCGUCGUAUGCGGCACGUUGAUCAUGGGAUAGUCGGCGUGAUUACGGGACAAUCGCGGCACUCUGUGGUGGGGAGGGCGAGCUGGUGCCCCUCACUUGUUUCGGGGGGGGGAUGCCGCCUCAGAUCCACAGAUCCAGGAGUUGGAAGGAGAGUAUUUAUAUCUGGGAGGGGAGCAGGGGAGGGGGGUCACCUCUCUUUCGGAAACAGAAAUCCAGCCGUUAGCGAGCCGGAAGCUCUGCCCCGUCCCCCAUUUUGGACGCCAUUUUGACGCCCCCUGGUGGAGGUAAAUUUUGUAAACGCGCGGGUGUUUUACUACAGUAAUACUGUUCCUGUGCUCCGCGGUGUACCACAGGGAACCGCCAUCACAGUCCCCCCCCUGUACUCGUGGGCGGGGCUUGAGGACUCCCAUUGACAGUACCAGAUAGUCCCGCCUCCUGUGACCCCUCCCCCGGCCUCUAAGCCCCUCCCACUGCAGUGCUAUCUGCCUCCACGCUGCUUGGCCACCCCCACGUGGGCGGGUCUUACAGCAGCAUAACUUAUUACAGUAUAAAUGCAACCAGAUUCAGUAUUGAUGGUAUUCAUUUUUACAAACUGUGCAAUUCCUUCCUCAUUAUUUAUCCACAGCUCAGCUCAGCUCAGCUCGGCUGAGUUCAACUCACCUCAGUUUGGCUUAGUUCGGCCUAGUUCAGCUCAGCUCACCUCAGCUCAGUUCAGUUCAACUUAGAUAAACUCAGUUCAGAUCAGCUCGGUUCAGCUCUGCCCAGUUCAGUGCAGUGAUGUCCUUGCUGAGUAGCUAUGGAGACAGAUGCAGUACUCGUUCGGUAGAACCUUUUCUAACAAAGAGGAAAUGUACGUUCUCUUUUUCUUAGCACUUAAAAUCUCCACUCAAAGGGGAAAGGCUCCAGCAUCCAAAAUUCGGAUGAGGAACACUCGGGGUGGGUUUGGGGAGGGGAGGGGUGGGUUGGGUUGCCAGGAAUUCACGGUAGGCACUUCCUCUGGACAAAACCACACCCUCGUUUAAAAAAGUUUUAAUGCUUUUCAGAAGAAAAAGAAAUCUGUAAAUCUAUUGUGUCCCUCCCUUCUCAGCUGUUUUUUUAUUUUUAUUUUAUUUUUUUAAGUUCUGCUGUUGUUGUUAAACUAUGCAUCCAGCAUUUCCAAAGACUGUCCACCAUGAGGUUUUAAUGUGAAGAUGCCAGGCCAGAGAGUCUUUAGGGUUGUCAACAUUUGAAUGGAGACCAGGCGUAGCAGCAGGGUCCCACUGGUGCGACCGGCGCUAUCUAGAGCCAAUGGGAAAGCCGUUGCUUCCCCCUGGUGGAGGAAACAUGGCAUUGCAACACUACUUGAAUUUUUAAAAACCAGUAUUUAAUCAGAGAUGGCACUUUCAAAAACUUUUCCAGUGAAUUUCAUUCUUCUGUCAGAAACUAAAAUCAAUUUAAAAACACCAUUUAAGGACGAGAAAAAUGAGCAAUAAUCUGAACUAGAAUUGGUCCUUCAAAAUGUAUUUAAAUAUAUGCACUUGUCUCUGUGUCAUAAACGGUUCUUCGUUGUGUUCUAGCAUUUAGCUGACCUCCGCUGACAGUCAGCCAUUUCAGAACUGAAUAGUGUUGGCAGCCAUUUUAACCGGCCGCAGUCUGGUUCAUGUCAACUGUGAGGACCGUAAAGUCUCAACCACCUUUAUUUCUUUGCAGGAUGUUAGUUUGUUAAUUUUUUGGGUUCAGCACCCCACAGUUAAGUCAAAGUCCAUUGAGUUUAAAGAGUGGGGAACCACAGCCCUCUGGAACCACGUUGGGACAGGUUGGCUUGCCUUUGGUCUCUAUAGCAACGCAUUCAGCUAAAGGAUGGAUUCAAUCAAAUGGUAACAUUGCUUGUCCUCACAAUCAAUAAGUGAAACAAAAUGUUUCUCUCUUCGACACAACGGCUGCUCAAGUGAAAAAACAAAAUCUGUGUGAAUCACAAGUCAAAAUUUGCCAAAUUUAAUUUGCUGAGAUCAUAAUUGGGUGUGAUGGGCAACACUAACGUAGGUGAUGUUCUACAGAAUCAGAUUGAAAACCAACAGCCUUUGGUUGCUUGGAGGACCAGGAAUGUCCACACCCAUUUUGAAAUGAGAAGUUCUUGGCAAACUUCUUGACAAAAUAUACGUUUGACCUUAUGAGCUCUCUCUGUUUUUUGAACUUAACAAUUUAAAGUGAGAUUUGCUGUUUAGAUCUCUUGAGAAUGGCACCUUAAAAA